UGACAAGUUGGGUUAGUGAUGCCCAAAAUUUCACAGUUUUGAAGAGAAAAAACGUAUUUUUAUCUCGGAAAAGACGGUAUUUACAGUGGCCUAAAGGUAGCAAUUUUGUGAUUAAUUUUACAUGUUCAAAACCACUAUUAAGACCCCAACCAUUAACAUGGAAUAUCGUGUAUGAAAUGGAUGUGCCUUUUGCUGUACCCCCUGACAUCGAUAUAUUUUUCAAAUCUAAAACAAAAACAAAAAGGAAUGUGCUUGAAAGAAAGAACUUCCUUGAAAAGAUGGAAGAUUUUUUAACAAUCAUGGGAUUUAAUGGAUCAUCCUGUAUAAAGCGAUUAUUAUGCGAAUCUGAUGAUUUUGUAAAAAUGGGAGGUAAAUCGUUAUUAAGAGAUUUAAUAGGUUUAUUAUUCAGGUCAUUUUCAGACGGUACAGACUUUGAAGAAUACGAAAACGCCUGUUUUUCAGAUAAUUUCACAUCUUGCAAUCUAUCACUCUUAGAUAUAUUUAUUAACUCUUCGUAUAACGGCGUUGUGAACACUCAGUAUGAAUAAAUAUAUUAAAAC